CAGUCGCAUUUUAGCCAGUUAAAAAGAUGAACAUUAAAUAUCAACUUAUAGCAAUAAUUGCUAUUCUCAGUCAUUUUUGUAAAGCAAGUAAAUUUAAUAUAAACCUAAGUGAUUUGGAAACAUGUCAGGAGUAUUAUUUACAAGAUAAAGAAUAUGGUUACAAAGAUUUCUUCGAAGUAAAUUCGAUGAAACAAAAUUUGACAAAAGACAAUGAGCUAUUGCAUUUAAAAUUCUACGUAACGACUUCAAAGGAUGCUCACAUAUUACUUUCAGAAGAUUAUAAUCCUAAAUGGGAAACUGAAAGUUCUGCUCGUGGUUAUGAAAUCGUUCUUGGUGGUGUUCGAAAUUCAAUUUCAUGGAUAAGUGUUGGUGGAAACGCUAAAGUACGUGUACCAAUUCGAGUCAAUUCUCCCAACAUGAUAUCGAUUCUUGAUCCAAUGCCAGUUGAAAUAAUUCAAACAAUUGAUGGGCAACUAUUUGUAAAUAUACCCGGUUUUUCAGAACCUCUUUUGAAAUAUUCAGAUACACCGCCUGUGAAUAUUCAGUUUUUUAGCUUUGGUACUUAUGGAAAUACGUCAGCUAAAUGGUACUACAACUGUCAAUUUGAUGGAUAUUCCCACGUUGAAAGCCAAAAGAUGUCUGAAAGUGGAGUUCAAACUGUCGAAACUUAUGUUAAAGAACGACAAUUUUCUGCACAACCAAAAUCAACAGGAACAACUGAAGAUAGAAACCAAAAAGUUUGUUCUGAUAAACAGGCAAGCUAUUCUGGAACUGACCCUAAUAACAGACUUGUAUCAUUUUUCCUUGGUUUAGUUCCAGUAAUGGUCAAUUUUAAGGACGAUCAAGUUUUAGAUUUUCAAGUCGCGGUUAUUGAGGUUUUGAAAAAAAUCAAGAAUCGUCCAACAACUACAGAAGAACCAAUUGCGAUGGUAACAAUACGAUAAUAGUGAAGAAAUAUUUUUAUUCAUAUAUUUAUUAAUGGAUCGUGAAAUAGAUAGUAGGUAUUUGAAGGCAACUUUCGUUGGAACUUAGAAUGCUUCGUUAUUUUUCAUUUUUUUUUUUAUUUGUGACCUAUUAUUUGUGAAUUUAUCAAAUAAAUAUUUUGGGGUUCAAAUUUCCCAUUAAACGA